AUGACAAGCCCGAUAGAUCUACCGUUGGUGGAUAUCUCAAAACCUGACUACAAGGCCGCCGGCAAGGCCAUGUUAAACGCCGCCGUAGAAUAUGGCUUCCUAUACAUCGACAGCAGGACAACCGCUUUUACGGAAGCAGAUGUAGAAAGCGCAUUCGAUCUGUCAAAAGAGUUCUUCGAUCUACCAGUCUCAGAAAAAGCCCCUUACAAACGAGGACCAGAUAAUGUCGGCUGGGUUGGUAUGCAUGUCGAAACCCUGGAUCCAGAGCACCACAAGAGAGGCGAUUUCAAAGAAGCCCUGAACAUCCUCGAAACGAAAAAUGGAAAGAUCAUGCAACCAUUACCACCAAGCACCAUGAACCGCGAGGCAGAGAUUGCUCGCUUCUCCGAUCUCUGCAAUCAAACCUGUAUCCAGAUAUUAAACCUUCUUGCACACGGACUCGAGAUGUCAGACGAUUUCUUUACUUCCCGACACGACUCAUCCAAGGGAUAUACAGGGAACUCAGUCCGACUUCUCUACUAUCCAUCUGACGUCCCAGGAUACUGUGCUGGAAAGGAUAUCCGUGCAGGCGCGCAUUCCGAUUACGGCAGCAUCACCCUUUUAUUUCAACGGCCUGGUCAACCGGGACUGGAGAUGCAAACACCAGAGCAAGAGUGGGCACCUGUGCCUGUAUACCCCAACCAGGAUGAAUACCCGUUUCCUCCCAUUUUGGUUAAUAUCGGGGAUGCGUUGAGUUAUUGGACUGAUGGGCUUCUAAAAUCGACUGUGCAUCGCGUUGUUUUUCCUGAGGGGGGCGAGGGUGCAGAUCGAUAUAGUAUUGCGUUCUUUUGUUCACCUCUCGGGACUACGGAGCUUAUUCCGGUUCCUAGUGGUGUGGUUGCUGCGCAUCGCGAAAAGCAGAAAGAGGAUGGAAAUCCGACUGUUGGGUAUGGAGGUGGGGCUAGUGAGCUCAAUGUUGGUGGGCGCAGACUUACUGCAGGUGAGCAUUUGCAGGCCAGACUAGCUGCGACUUACCUGUAG